AUGGCAUCGGACAUCGCAAACUACCUGUAUCUGGACGGCACAAUUGUGAAAGAGGAGAUUAUUGGAGUGGGUGGUGCAGGCAUUGUCGUCAAUCGAGGAGGAUACGCCUUCAAAAUCCCUCGGAUAUCGAAGUUGUCCGAAAUUGAUGGGGUUCCUGUUCAUGACAGAAUAUUGAACCACAAUGAAGAUAACUAUAACGAGCUCGCCGUUGCCAUCAUAUCUUUUAAGCACGAAAAAGCUAUCUACAAAAGGCUAGGCGACCAUCCUGGGAUCAUCCGCUGUUAUAACGUCGACUCCGAAGAACCCUCAAUCCAGAUGCCGUUGAUGAAUGGCGACUUACGGCAGUAUCUAGGCGAGAUCCGGCCAAAAAGGUCUCGCCAGCUCUCCUGGUUACUUCAGUUGGCGUGUACCAUGGCCUUCGUACAUACUAAUCGUGUUAUUAUCUGUGACUUCCGGUUGGACAAUAUCGUGUAUGACGAUGAUAUGAAUAUCAGGCUCAUUGACUUCUCUGAAUCCUCUUUAAUGUAUCUCGAGUGGGACCUCGAAGGCUACGACAAAUAUGGAUUUUCUAUUCUGACCGACAUUGGACAAUUUGGGGCAGUAAUGUUUGAGAUCAUAACUGGUCAACAUUGUUCGUUUGAUAUCUAUGAAGACUGGCAGAAAGUGGGGGAUCCGACGACUUGGCCUCGACGGGAAACACUUCCAUCAACAAGCGAGGUAUGGCUGGGUUCUAUCAUCGAGAAAUGCUGGACCAAGGGAUUUGCGUCGGCUGGGGAUCUUGAGAGAGAGCUCGAAAAAGAGAACGUCUACUGA